CUCAGUGCGUACAACUCGACUCACCAAGAGCUGCGUCAACCGAUCGCGGCGAGGGGAUGUUAGAGAAAAUCGCUAUUUCUCAUAAGUGAUUUUCUUUCUCCCUUUCAGCAAGCUGCUGAAUAUGCAAUGCUCCUAGAGCGUCAACAACAUGGCCCUUGAAUGACUUGGGUGGCUGAAGCAUCGCGUCUUUGAUGGCUGUGUGCAAGAGCCGGUCUUUGAUGGCGUUUCCCUCGACGCAUUCCCAACAACCGUCGACGAGCUGCCACAAUUCACAUUACGCUCCGCUCGCCCAACAAGAAACACAACCGGACAAACCAAUUGGUUAUGGAGCGUUCGGCGUAGUGUGGUGUGUAUUUCGGAAGAUAAUCGUAUGAGGUAAGUGGGAUUUUGAAGCGUUCUUUUAACUAUUGUUCCUCGUCCUCGCAGGUCUGUGACGGAUCCAAGAAAUGGAAAGAGGGUCGCUUUGAAGAAGAUGCCGAACGUUUUUCAGAGUCUCACUUCAUCGAAAAGAGCCUACCGGGAACUUAAGAUGUUGUGUUUCUUCACACAUAACAACGUAGGUCUUACUUUUUUCUAAGUUCUGGAUUUAAAAUGCCGGUAUUACAUAGAAAUGCCGAGUUAAUAUUAGAACGGAGUACAUAAUUAUUCAAACAUGCACUAGCCGCUUUUGGCGUGAGUUGUGAACAAGGAAAUUUCAUCUGUCGACUGAUAAUCAGCUGAUUAUUAUUUCAUCACGUAGGUACUCUCUGCUUUGGACAUAGUUCACCCUGGUCACAUAGAUUUCUUCCAAGAGAUGUAUCCUUUGUUAAAUACAUAUGUAUUUACCUUUGUAGCGUGACAGAACGAAAUCUAAAACAAUAAUUCGACAUCAAUUUCAGACACGGGUUUGGCUCAAGGAGGGGCUUAUUCUACUUCGACUUUCUGUCGUUAGAAUUAAUUGUUUGAAAAAGAUCCAAAAUAGGAAAGUUAUGUUGAGUAGUGCGGAAAUUGAUCAAGAUUGAGAUGUUGAAGUUCGCUUUCGCUUCAAAUAUAUUCAAAGCUUAACUACAAAUAUCGCUCUGCCGCCUGUAAAGAAAUAAAUUGAAGAAAGUGCUCGGCCUCCCAUAGCGACUGUGCAAAGCUGUUUUCGUUCGAAGUGAAAUGGCGAAUAUUUGUGGUUUUUUGUAUAUCGUCAAUGUGAACUUGGUUCUUUGUAGGAGUUUGAGCUUUUGAAAGAAUCUCGACGAUCGAACCCAAUUCGCUUCCCCACCUGUUGAUUUCAAAUUUCGCUUUGUGUUUGAUGACGCCGACAUAGUUGACUUGCAGUUGUUUUAGCACAUUGUAAUUUUUUUGGCGAAACCUCUCGACAUUUCUCCUUUGUGGAAUUUUACAAGUUGAUUACGGUCUUUUUACUCACUUGCAUUGGAAAGUUGGGCGUUCUUUGAUGGGAAAUAUUCGUCAGUUCCGGUCAAUGGUCGGUCGAUCUGUAUUCGAACCAUGACAACAAAAGGGACAACUUCCUUUGUGUUGAUAUCUUUCCUUUUGUAAAGAUCGUCUUUAAAAAUCGGACGCGGUAGAUCAUUUUUACUUACAUUUUGGUUAUUUAUCGAGCGAGAUUAUUAAAUGGUCACAUCUCGCCUUUUGAUGGUAUUUCUGGCAUGUGUUUUUGUGUUAUCGGUUUCUUGGACCAAAGAUUCAUUUCAGAUCCUAGUUAUCCUGUUUUACAUAUGUGUGGUAAUUUCAGUAGCUACAUAAGAUAAGCAUAUCUUGAGUAUUGGGUGUGUUUAAUUCAGAAAAACCAACCUAUGCUUCUUCUAAGCUUUCAUUUUCACCAGAUUUAACUAGAUGACUAACUUCCUGUACAUGACAAAUGGAAAAGUUUAGUCUUUGGUAGGAAUUAUCAUAAUUUAAAUUUUCAAUGACAUACAAGAUAAACUGCCAGCUACAAGAGAGGGUAGCUGUCAUGGUUGCUAUGGUAUCAACACUUCUUUUCAGGUAGGACUUAAUUCUUAUUCAUUCAUGCUCUAGUAUAAUAAUCAUUGGCAUUCACAAAAACUCCAAAGGUUUUUUGUUAAAAAAAAAGUCAAGUGAAACAAAUGGUAUGGGGCACUUUUCAGUUUCAGUGAAACUGUUUAAGGAAGCUCUACCGGUUUUAUCCAUUGUCUCUGAUCAAAGUCUUUUAAAUUCCAAAUAUUGUUGGCACAGAAGUGUGGUAAAAAUUAUGACCAGUAAUGGGGAAGGUGGAGAAUUAUUUAGCCACUUCCCCUCUCUUUUGUGUUUAAUGUUGGAGUAACCACAAAUCAUAUUAACAUUGUGAAAUAUGGUAGGGCUCCAAGUAAAGUUCUAUUUAAAAGUCAUCAUAUGGAAAACCUUAAUGAUGAGAUGGUCAUCAGCAGCACAAGUUAAGUUGACAACAAAUGAAAUGAAUAUAUGUCAGAGUAAUUUAUAAAAUACUGCAUAGCAGACCGUAAUGAUCAAAGUGCCUCUUGGUUUUUCUAAUAAGGAAUAUUUCUGGCAGUUAUUUUUUGGAGGUUAACCAGGUUUUAUUUUGGGUCUAAAGGAAAUUCUCUUUAAAAGAAAAGAACAAAACAUUUAGAGUGCUGUAUGCAUAUGUUAAUUUAACUUGAAUUUCAGACCACAAACUCUGUGUGAUACUGGUAUUUCUGCUUGUUGCAUGACUGUUGCUCAAAGGUCACCAAAUUGACUACUUUCUCUGUAGAUUAAGGCACCAAAUUUUCUUUCCACUUGCCACAGCAACCAAAAGAGUCACAAUAUAGAGCUCUGAAUAACUGCCUGUUUUGUUUGAUAGGACAAUGAGAAUUCUUGCAACUUACACCUUUGUUUCCUAGGUAAUCAUAGUCAUAAGGUUGAAUGUCCACCUGCAUUAGUCAGUAAUAAAAAAGAAAAGAAAAAAGACUUUUGGUCAAUGUGAUGGAAAUCACCCAGAUUUUCAUGGAGUGCAAACCAUUAUCAUGAAAAUUCUUUACUCCUCUCGAAUACCAGUGGGUAUAACAAAAACAAGUGUGAUACAAACUUAAUACUGAAAUUUGGUAUUUCUAGUUUGUGGCUUUUUAUAUUAGAAUUUACAAUAACCCAUUCUGAAUUAUAGUUUGGCUUCUUAACAAAGACUGACCAUGACUUCUUACUAAUGCAGAGAGAGUGUGACGAUUUCAUGUCUAUAAUUGUUAUCUCUAUGGAGAAAGGAUGUACUCAUAAACAAUGUCACAAGAAGUUUUGAUUUCAAAAUAAAAGACUGUUUAAGUCAGUAAUGUAUUGCUUGCAAACAGCUGUUUGUAACCUGUUGUUGAUGAAUAAAAAAGUAGGCAAAACACUGAACAUAUAAAUGUUUAUUCUGAUGUAGAAGUUUAUGUUGUUGAAUAAUUUGCUAUACUGAGUGGACUCUAAUUAAGAAUGGAGUUUUGAAUGAUGAUCUAUCUCGGAAUUAUUAAGAGCAGGUGUAGGAUAUUCUGCCCUUUUUGCUAGGAUUUUUUUUUUUUGAAUAAUGAACUGAAUUAUUGAUUCAAAGUCAACAAGGGGCACCUUGCUGGGCUUAAAGAAGAUACAGGUCAUUUAACUGCUUAUCCAAAUAAUGGAAAAGGUGGCUCCUAAGGUUUGCUCUUUGUCUAAGUCUUGCGAAUAGAAAAAUCUAAGGCAACUGAGGCAGAGGGUUUAAGUUGUUUUGGCUCAGUAGCAUACAUGUCAUUACUGCAAUUCAUUCUUUCCCAAAUCUAAGUCAAAUUUAACCAUUUAACUCUCAAGAUCUGAUUGUUAAUUCUCCCCUCUAGCCACUAAACAUAUUGUUGUAAAUUAGUUGUGAUAAUUUGGUACAAGAUCAAGAUAACAACUUCUACCUGAUAAGUUUGAAUAUUCUCAUUACCUGUUUAUUGGAUAAUGUGAGAAUAUUGCGGGGAGAAGUGUCAUGUUGAUCACUUCUGGUAGUUAAAGGAUUAAGGAAGUGAAUGGAUGUAUGUGUCACAUGGCCACCAACAUAUUAAAGGUUAAAAGCAAACUGAUCGUCAGCAGAGGGUGCAGUCAGAAUAUAUAUCAUUCAAUCCUUGUGUUGCAUACCUUGACUUGUUGUUCAACAGACAUAUAGUUUCAGAAUUGAUGCAAUCAGAUUUGCACAAAAUCAUUGUAUCGCCACAACCACUUAGUUCAGAUCACGUUAAAGUUUUCCUAUAUCAGAUUCUAAGAGGUGAGUGGCUAUUUGUUUUAGUGUCAAAUAAGUUAAGGAAGGCUGUUGAUUGACUGUUCUAUCCCAGUCCAGAGCUGCAAACAACUGUUAUCCAACCAGGGGAAUGAUUGUAGUCUGACAUUAAGUCUGUUCAAAUAUUUUCACCCAAUAAUUGGUUAAGUAAAAACUUGGUCGCAUGAAGAAAGUAAUUAUUUAGGAAUAAACAUUAUGAGAGGAAAGUUUUGCCUCAUUUUUUACGAAUCAAAAUGAAGACAAUUGGGUCAUAUGCAGUCUGUCCCUACCAAGGGAAGUCAGUAAAUGGGAUAAUCACAUUUAGAGAUUACAGAAGGGUAUUUGCUCUUACAAAGAAAGUCCAAUUAUGUUAUUAUAUUAUUUUCAAGUUGUUUUCCCUUUUGUAGAAAGUAAAAUAAUCUAAAGUGAUUGUAUCUGCAAGAUCUAGGAAACUAUACUUGGAUGAUGAGAAAAUUAAGCAUAAUUGAUAUUCGGGAGAAUAUCAAUGGUGUCCAACACAGGGAUUUCAUUCAGAUUCUGGACUCAACAUCAGCAGAGAUUUGUGUCCAUUUUAUGAAUUAUUGUACAUCCAGCAGUGAGUACCAUCAAAGAUGUAACAGAAGUUUCAAUAUUCUGUUUAGAUGUUAAAGUUGCCCUUUUUUAUAUGUAGGACUUAAAUAUCUUCACUCUGCUGGCAUAUUGCAUAGAGACAUUAAACCUGGAAAUCUAUUAGUCAAUGGCAAUUGCCUUUUAAAAGUAAGUAUAUAUACUUGUUUCUUGUUUUUUCUUUCACUGUGUUUUCCAUAUGAUGUUAAGGUUAACAACAGAUCAAAUUAAGAUAAGACAAAACAAUACAUUCUGUGAGAUGCUUGAACUCGUGACUUUUGUUCUCUCAGUAACCUACAGUAGGUAACUAGUUUUGAGUUUGGAUUUUAAAUAAAGAAUCCUAGAUUCUUGAAAUACCCUGGUAUAGGUGCUACAUUUUAGGGGUAGAAAAUUGAAUAGACACCUCAGUGUUUAGUUAAGUAAAUAUGGUCUAUGGGAAGGAAGUGGACAUUUUCUACACUAAUGUAUUCAUUUCUUGACAUCAAAGCGUAAAUAGUUUGGGUAUGCACCCAACUCUCCGAUGGUAUAAAAACAUUCAAUUACAACUCUGUUGGUAAAAACAUUUAUUGCAUGAAACUUUGCUUUUUUAUUAUAGUCCUCUUCUCUUCUUAAACUCAAAUUUCCUGCCUUUGAUAACAGAUAUGUGAUUUUGGUCUUGCUCGUCUUGAAGAACCUCAUGAAAGUGCAAUCAUGACACAAGAGGUAGGGAUAUUUUCGGUGUAUACCUUGUAACUUGUGUGACCCCUACAGCAGUCUUGGUGAUUUAAGCAAUUCAGAUUUAUCAGCUAUCUUGUGCCUAUAAGUAUUAGUCAUUUUUAUGGAGUAUAUAGUUACAUUAUAUUGAAGCCAUGGAGAUAGUUAUUGGCACAAAUGUGUGUUAAAUUAAAGAAGGCAGCAACAGUAUGCUGAACCUCAAACCCUAAAAAGAAACAAAAACAGAAGUACCUCAUUUCCAACUCAAUUUGCAAUCAAAUGUUUGUAACAGAGAGGGCAUAAAGGGCUAAAAACAGUUGAAUAAAAAAAUCAAUUAAUGAAAGACAUUUAUGCUGUAACAGACCAAACGUUGAGCUGGGUUAGAAUUGUACAGUUUGCUAGAACCUGUCCUAGGCAAAGAUCCUGAUUAAAAUGGACAUUAGCAAUGGUCUUGUGGAUGCCUGCUUUAUACUGUUUACACUUUUCACUUUGUUUUAUUGUACAGUCUAAACAACAUGACAAGGUGAGAUUUCUUCUUUAUCUUUAUGACAGGUUGUUACUCAGUAUUACAGGGCACCUGAACUGUUAGCUGGGGCUACUAACUAUGGUCAAGCAGGUUGGUAGACAACAGUUACAGUAUUGAUCUUGAUUCUCCAUAAAACUAUGUACAAAUGUGUGUAAUUAAAAAAAUAUUAAAAAGAGAAGAAUAGCCUGAAAGAAUUCCAGAACGGCACUUGAAACUUUGGACCUUCAUGUACAUCUAUCACACAUUGUAUUUGGUAAACCACUUGGCUUCUCAUAGUCCUUCCACCAACUUGCUUAAAGUAUAUUGUAGUGGAAGACUGGAAGAAGAUGAUGUAAAAUGAAGAGAACCUGUCAUUGCUCUUAGCUCACACUUUUAUUAACAAUGUGAAGUCUAGAGUAAGCCUCAUACAUUUUGUUAUCCUUUGUAUGUUUGAGCUUUUCCACCAACAUGCUUGAAGUAUAUUCUGGUUGAAAUUUUAAGACUGGGAGAAGAUGAUGUAAAAUGGAAAUAAUCUCUUACUGCUCUUACUUACACUUUCGUUAACAAUGUGAAGUCUGAAAUAAGCCUUGUAAAUUUUACUAUCCUGUGCAUGUUUGAACUUUGACUUGAUGAAUGACUUUUCUUUUUUUCCCAUUUCAGUGGAUGUGUGGUCAGUCGGGUGCAUUUUUGCUGAGCUCUUGAGUCGAAAUAUCCUUUUCCAAGCACAAAGUCCUGUUCAGCAGGUAGGUGGAUCUUGAUUGCUUCUUUAUUUUGAUUGUAUCAUCAGACUUCCUGCAGAUGUUUUAAGCUGCAUUGUCUUGCUUCCAAACUUUAUAACACGUGUCUGAUGUAUCUUUCCAUCAUUUCAGCUUAACCUUAUCAUUGAUUUGUUGGGAACACCAAGUUUGGAUGACUUAUGCCGAGCUGGUGCCAGCGAAGGAGCUACUAAAUACAUUCUUCAGAAAGGGCACAAGGCAGUAAGUUACACAAAACUAACAAAUUUGAAACUGAUUUCUCCAGUAUAGUUUUAGUAAGGUUUCAAAUGAGAAAAUUCCCAUUGUGUUGAGACUAAACUCAAAUAUGCUAUUUUCUGUCAUCUUUUGUUCUAGCCUGCCUUAGCUAGUUUAUACAAUCUCUCUAAUCAAGCAACACAUGAAGCUGUUCAUUUGCUCUGUAGAAUGCUGGUGUUUGACCCUGUAAGUACAUAUUUUAAGAUCAUUAUAUACAAAUAUAACCCUGCUGUACUCUGGCAGAAUAUUCAAUUGUUGUUAGCCCUAAGAAUUUGGUCCAGAGCUUAGAGAGUGAACUACUGUACUAGCCUUUUAGGGACAGUAAGUUUAUUGUCAAUCAGAAGUUGGUAAAUGACUAUAAAGCUGUAGCAAGGUUUGAAAAGCUGAUGUUUUGACUUGCAGCCCUUUGUGUGAGGGUGAACAGGAGCAAUAGUCCUUAAAUGAAGGGCUGUUACUCUAGGAGUCUGCUCAUGAGGAUAUGCUGUCCAAGUUUUAAGUUUUGUUUCACUGGCUUGAAUUUAUUUAAAUUAUUUUCAUGGCUUGUACUUAGACUGUAAUUAUCCCCACAGACACAUAUCUCCCUCAGUAGAUAAUUACACUGGUCAAUGUAUUGUUGUCAAGUGUGGUAAAAUCACUUGAGUAUCCAUUCUUGGUUAAAAAGUAGCUCUUUGAAGUUAAGUACUGUUUUUAAAAACCAGCCCAAUAUUGAGUUGGUUUUUCCUCCAUGCAGGUAAUCCAAACCACAUUUUUCAACUUGCAUUGUAUUUUUUUUGUCUUAGACACAGCGUAUAACUUGUACAGAUGCAUUAUCCCACCCUUAUCUUGAUGAAGGAAGGUUAAGAUUUCACACAUGUAUGUGCAGUUGCUGUCACACAACAUCAGAUGGGCGGCAGUAUGUUUCAGGUGUGAUUUUUUUUUUUACUGUAAUGACAAUUUCAUACGUUCUUUAUGGCAUUUGAUUUUGUAUGUGUUAUUACAAAUUAAUCUAACUUAUUUCUUGUCUCUUCCAUAGACUUUGAGCCUGUAUGCCAAACAACUUUUGAUGAUUCUUAUGAAACUAAUCUCUACACCAUUUCUCGUGUGAAAGGUUUGUGUGCAGAUUUUUUUCAUUCUUUUUCCUAUUUUCUAUUCUAUUUUGAAAAAAAGAUUUAUUUCUUACUGGGUUCGAUUUCCUCUUUUCAGAGUCUCUUUACAAGUUUAUAACAGAUCGUCAUCAGAACACCAUUCCUUUGUGUAUCAAUGUAGCUUCUCCUUCUUUUAGAAGUUUUCAAAGGUAAGACAAUUUUUAAAUUUUCAACAAUUUGUUCUUACUAGUAAUAUCACAUUUCCUCUUUUUCAAUGAAAAGUAUCCUGGUGUGUUUGGCCCAGUUGAAAUACUGAAGAUGCAAUGAGUGGACUUAAAGCUGACUUAAAGCUGACUUAAAGCUGACUUAAAGCUGACUUAAAGCUGACUUAAAGCUGACUUAAAGCUGACUUAAAGCUGACUUAAAGCUGACUUAAAGCUGACUUAAAGCUGACUUAAAGCUGACUUAAAGCUGACUUAAAGCUGACUUAAAGCUGACUUAAAGCUGACUUAAAGCUGACUUAAAGCUGACUUUUAAACUUGAAAUUCCCCUCGCCAUGUUAACCUUUCUUGUAAAAUUUGUACUUGUUUCAAUAUGCUAUUAGCAGUUUCAUCCCAGAGAAACUUCACCAUUCAAGCAGAAUUUUAGAUGACUUAUCCAUCCACCUUUUUGGAAACCAAUUUCAGUAACGCAUCUUAAAUUUUUAAUACAAAAGACCUUAUUUCUAUUCAAAGUCAAGCUAUAAAAAGGAAUUGUGCUCUCUUACACUGUUUCUUGAACAAUGAACCACUUACCAUGUAUUUACAAACCUGUUAUUUGGCCUAUAACUGUUGCUUUCAGUUAUCAGUAGUUUAGUUUGUAGAUAAUCUGACCUCAAAAUUAGAAGGUCUUGGGCUCAAAUCCUGGUGAAAACUUACAUUUUUCCUUAUGCAAUGUUCAUUACAAAUACUUAUUACCUUCGAUUAUUUAAUUUUUAUUUCACAGUUCUGGAGUAGCUCCACAGCCAGAACAGCAGAGUUCUCCCCAGUUGUGGUAGUGGCUAUCCUUUUUAUCAACUAGUCAUAAAAAUUUUAAGAAUCAAGCUUCUUAGUUUUGAAGGGAAGCAGAUUUUCCAAAUCAAGACCAUUUGUUAAGAGUGUGGUGUGGGACUUCUCCAGGAAUUCUUUUGAUCCACUCCAUUUCUUUGCAUAUAGGUAAUGAGAAUUUUAUAGGAACGGUGGAAGAUAUUAUCAUGUAUUCAAUAUUUGCAGCUACAUUCAUCGCUUCAGCAAAUUGUAUAGGCCAAAUUAUCAAUGAUUUAUGAAAAGGACAGUCCAUUUUUGUCUGAGAAACAAUUUUCCAUUAACUUUUAUUGCACUGGGCCUUCAUGUUGUAGUUAAGACUAGAGAAGUUGACAUGGAGGGCUAAGUUUUAUUGUUUAAUGAUUUCUGUUGAGUUUUAAAAUGUUCUAGACUUUACAGGGUUUAAAAACUCUUUGAAUCAAGGGUAAGCAAAGUAUAAUUUCCUCCAAUUAAUUCUUACACCAUUAAAUAGAGGAUAUAACAUUUAUCAGCUGCAUUAUAUUGUCCUGAUGCAAUUGAGUAUUAGACAUUUUCAAACAAGUAACUGGCAGAUGUUAGCAGUCAAAGGUUAUGUGACUUGAAUUGAAAGAAAAAUGAAUUCAUCAUAAAUGAUUGUAGGAACUUCUCUGGUACAAUUUUAUGGAUUUGUUUGGAAAUUUUUCUUAGUGGACCUUGCUAAACUGUGUUGGAUUAAGUUUAUCCUAUUUUAACCAUUUAUCAGAUAAACUAGUUCUUUGCUGCUGCUGUUUAGAAA